GAUACGAUCCGGAAGCGGAAGAACCACUUGAAGUCGAAAUAACCGAUCCACUAGAAGAAGUGGAAGAUUUAGAGCAACCUGAUAUUCCUAUCAUACAUCAAUCGCCGUUCAAUCGUGAGGCAAAAAAGCGAGUGAAAAUUUUGAACAGUAUGUGGGAUAAUAAGGAGGUCAAAAAGGUGAAUAAUCCCUGUUACUCUAAACCGGUCGUGAAAGUUCUGUACAGGUGGCUCGCUUAUGUUCCAAUGUGGAGCUCUAGUCUAUAUCAAUUUGUGGAACGUUAUGCUAGUGAUGGUUUGGUUUGUACAAGUGACACAAAAAAUAUAGGCGCUGGGCGUCUGUCGAAUGUCACAGUCGAAUCCUAUUUUUCUAUUAUAAAAGUGUCUCGUCUUCAACGAAAAACACGCCUGCGGCCGGCACUACUCGUUUCUAAAAUCUUUCAAAGCACUCAGGCAAGAUUAAAAGCUGGUAAAUAUGGAGUUACUCAAACAAAUAAAGGUCGAUGA